AUGUCGGGCAUAGAUCUCAUCGACCACUCGCCACAGCAUCCCUCGCCAGCCGAUCCGAUCCCGACCGCUUCGAAUCUUGUGCUAAUAGACAACUACGACUCUUUCACCUGGAACGUGUACCAAUACCUUGUCCUCGAGGGCGCCCAGGUCACGGUCUUCCGCAAUGACCAGAUCACUCUCGACAAAUUGAUCGAAUUCAAGCCCACUCAGCUGGUUGUUAGCCCCGGACCCGGCCAUCCCGAGACGGACUCGGGUAUCAGCAAAGACGCCAUCAGGCACUUUAGUGGCAAGAUACCAGUGCUAGGCGUCUGCAUGGGCGAGCAAUGCAUCUACUCAGUCUUUGGCGGCGUGGUUGAGCAGACUGGCGAGAUUUUGCACGGAAAGACAUCCCCUCUUAGGCACGACGCUAAAGGCGUGUAUAAGAAUCUCACUCAAGACCUGCCAGUGACAAGGUAUCAUUCACUGGCUGGCACCCACCCGACUCUACCAGAAUGCCUAGAAGUCUCGUCCUGGAUUGCAGCGGGUCCCGAUGGCGCAAAAGGAGUUAUCAUGGGCGUACGCCACAAAGAGCUGCUAGUUGAAGGCGUGCAAUUCCACCCCGAGAGCAUCCUCACCGCAGAAGGAAGGGUCAUGCUGAAGAACUUCCUUCAUAUGCAGGGCGGCACUUGGGCAGAGAACGAUCGCCUGCAGAAAGAGGCUCCUCCUACAGCAACAAAGCCUCAAGCCAACGGCACUACGAUCAAUGGUGACAAGAAACCCUCGAUACUGGAAAGGAUCUACGACGAUCGUAAGGUCAAAGUCGCUGCUCAGAAGAAAGUCCCGUCUCAACGACCCGAGGACUUGCAGGCUGCUUAUGACUUGAACCUGGCUCCUUCGCUCGUCUCGUUUCCUGAGCGAUUGAGACAGUCGCCGUUCAAGCUAUCAUUGAUGGCAGAGAUAAAACGUGCGUCACCUUCCAAGGGCAUCAUUUCUCUCUCUGCUUGCGCCCCAGCCCAAGCGCGCACUUACGCAUUGGCGGGAGCAAGUGUCAUCUCUGUGCUCACUGAGCCUGAAUGGUUCAAAGGCAGCAUAGAAGAUCUUCGCAGCGUCCGACAGGCGAUUGACCGAAUGCCCAACCGACCAGCCUUGCUCAGGAAAGAGUUCGUCUUCGACGAGUACCAGAUCCUUGAAGCGCGUCUCAAUGGAGCCGACACCAUCUUACUCAUCGUCAAAAUGCUCGAUACCGAGACGCUUACUAGACUGUACAAGUAUUCGCAGUCUCUUGGCAUGGAGCCUCUGGUGGAAGUCAAUACCGUAGAGGAGAUGAAGAUCGCCGUCGAUCUUGGCUCUAAGGUCAUUGGCGUGAACAACAGAAAUCUUACCAACUUCGAGGUUGACAUGGAGACUACGACCAGACUGAUGGAAAUCGUGCCAAAGGAGACCAUUCUCUGCGCUCUGAGUGGAAUUGCAGGACCCAAGGAUGUCAUUCCCUAUCAGCAGAAUGGCGUAGGUGCUGUGUUGGUUGGCGAGGCGUUGAUGCGUGCACAAGAUACUGCCAAAUUCAUUUCGGAGCUUCUUGGAGGCAGCGAGGCCGCCAUCAAGGCCAAAGUCCAGCGAAAGUUACUCGUCAAGAUCUGCGGCACACGGAGCGCUGAGGCUGCCAAAACAGCCGUUGAGGCUGGCGCGGACCUCAUUGGCAUGAUCCUCGUUACAGGCACGAAGCGUUGUGUGUCUACAGAGACAGCCCUGCAAAUUUCAGAAGCUGUGCACGGGACGCAGAAAGUCGCCGCACAAGUCAUUGAUACAUCAGAAGAAGCGAAGGGCAAAGCGACUAGCUUCUUUGCCCACACUGCAGCUCAUCACGUCCAGCAUCCAAAGCGUGCCUUGCUUGUUGGCGUUUUCAUGAACCAGCCUCUAGACUACAUUCUGGAGCAACAGAGGCUACUGAACCUGGACAUUGUCCAACUUCAUGGCUCUGAGCCACAGGAAUGGGCAUCGCUGAUUCCUGUGCCGGUGGUGAAGUCAUUCAAACUAGGUGCGGCAGGCAUCGCCACACGUGGGUAUCACUCCUUGCCUCUCCUGGAUCCAGGUGCCGGCAGCGGUCAGCAACUUGAUGGAUCAGGUGUGCAAACUCUUCUGCAAGCUGAUGAGGGCUUGCGUAUUCUACUGGCAGGCGGUCUCAACCCUGAUAAUGUCACGGCUGCGGUGGAAUCGUUGGGCGAGCAAAAGGCGCAAGUCUCUGGUGUGGAUGUGAGCAGUGGUGUGGAAGUGGAUGGAAAGCAAAAUCUGGACAAGAUUCGUGCAUUCGUGAAGGCAGCUAAAAGCGUGGAAUUGUAG